AUGGCGCCGGGUGAGGGGGUAACGGGGAGAUGGCUGCCGGGUGAAGGGGUAACGGGGAGAUGGCUGACGGGUGAAGGAGUAACGGGGAGGUGGGCUGCCGGGUGAGGGAGUAACGGGGAGAUGGCUGCCGGGUGAAGGGGUAACGGGGAGAUGGCUGCCGGGUGAAGGAGUAACGGGGAGAUGGCUGCCGGGUGAAGGAGUAACGGGGAGAUGGCUGCCGGGUGAAGGAGUAAGGAGGGAGGCCGUAGGAGGGCAACAACCCAGCAGCAGGACCGCUACCUCCGCCUUUGUGCAAGGAGGAGCACUGCCAGAGCCCUGCAAAAUGAGCUCCAGCAGGCCACAAAUGUGCAUGGGUCUGCUCAAACGGUCAGAAACAGACUCCAUGAGGGUGGUAUGAGGGCCCGACGUCCAUAGGUGGGGGUUGUGCUUACAGCCCAACACCGUGCAGGACGUUUGGCAUUUGCCAGAGAACACCAAGAUUGGCAAAUUCGCCACUGGCGCCCUGUGCUCUUCACAGAUGAAAGCAGGUUCACACUGAGCACAUGUGACAGACGUGACAGAGUCUGGAGACGCCGUGGAGAACGUUCUGCAACAUCCUCCAGCAUGACCGGUUUGGCGGUGGGUCAGUCAUGGUGUGGUGGGCAUUUAUUUGGGGAGAUGGAGUAACGGGGAGAUGGCUGCCGGGAGAAGGAGUAACGGAGAGAUGGCUGCCGGGAGAAGGAGUAACGGGGAGAUGGCUGCCGGGUGAGGGGGUAACGGGGAGAUGGCUGCCGGGUGAAGGAGUAACGGGGAGAUGGCUGCCGGGAGAAGGAGUAACGGGGGAGAUGGCUGCCGGGUGAGGGGGUAACGGGGAGAUGGCUGCCGGGUGAAGGAGUAACGGGGAGAUGGCUGCCGGGAGAAGGAGUAACGGGGAGAUGGCUGCCGGGUGAGGGGGUAACGGGGAGAUGGCUGCCGGGUGAAGGAGUAACGGGGAGAUGGCUGCCGGGUGAGGGAGUAACGGGGAGAUGGCUGCCGGGUGAAGGAGUACCAGGGAGAUGGCUGCCGGGUGAAGGAGUACCAGGGAGAUGGCUGCCGGGUGAAGGAGUAACAGGGAGAUGGCUGCCGGGUGGAGAUGGCUGCCGGGUGAAGGAGUAACGGGGAGAUGGCUGCCGGGUGAAGGAGUAACGGGGAGAUGGCUGCCGGGUGAAGGAGUAACGGGGAGUGUUAAACUAGUCCUGGCUAACAUUAGGCCUAGCUACACCACACACUGUCAGAGAAGGAGGGACAGAAAAGGAAGUAGAGAAAGAUAGAAUGAGACAGAGGUUUGUCCUGUUGUGUGUUGUCUGUUCUACAGUGUAGACACUAUGGAUUGCUCCUUUAAUGCAAACAAAGCUUGUAUGGAUUCGCGAAAGAAACCGAUGGAAAAACAGACAGAGACAUAUAGCCCACUGGGUCAGAGGCUGUUGUUGACCACAGAGCCUAGGUAAUGUAGUGGGACAGAGAGACAUAUAGCCUAGGUAAUGUAGUGGGACAGAGAGACAUAUAGCCUAGGUAAUGUAGUGGGACAGACAGAGACAUAUAGCCUAGGUAAUGUAGUGGGACAGAGAGACAUAUAGCCUAGGUAAGUAGUGGGACAGGGAGACAUAUAGCCCCCUAGUAGGAGUAGACAGAUAUAGCCUAGGUAUGUAGUGGGACAGAGAGACAUAUAGCCUAGGUAAUGUUGUGGGACAGAGAGAGACAUAUAGCCUAGGUAAUGUAGUGGGACAGACAGAGACAUAUAGCCUAGGUAAUGUAGUGGGACAGAGAGACAUAUAGCCCAGGUAAUGUAGUGGGACAGACAGAGACAUAUAGCGUAGGUAAUGUAGUGGGACAGAGAGACAUAUAGCCUAGGUAAUGUAGUGGGACAGAGAGACAUAUAGCCCAGGUAAUGUAGUGGGACAGACAGAGAACAUAUAGCCUAGGUAAUGUAGUGGGACAGACAGACAUAUAGCCCCAUUGUAUCAUAGUAGGCGUUGUUAAGCAAUUGCCUGAUUGACUCAAACUGAAUUGUUCCCUACAUACUUCGUCUGAGACUCCCAUCGUUGAAGUCGUUUGUGGUGAUGUCAAAAUGAGGGGUGUUGUACAAAACAAAGUCAUCAGUGAUUGGAUAAUUUCUAACCAAUCAGAGUAUCCAAGCCAAUAACACAUUUUUAAAUGCUGCUUUACCCAUGUGUGUUCUGGCUCUGGCCCAACCCCCGGUUUCUGGGACCAAUCAGUAAGGUCAGAAUGUGUUUGCGUUCUAGAAAUAGUCAGGGAGGUACUCAGAUCCAGACGCAUUGCUGAGAAGAAAACGAACAUCUGUGGGCGUGGCAAUUUGGACGGAGCAAGGAGUUUGGGUACCCAGGCAAGUUGACCACAGAGCCCAAACAGAGAGAGAUACUGAACACUACACUACUAUAGCUAUAGGACGACAGUCACCCUACACACACAGAGACAGAAAGAGACAGAGAACAGGUUAGGAGCCUCUUUACUGGUGACCCCACACACACAGCUAUAGGACCGACAGUCACCCUACACACACACAGAGACAGAGAACAGGUUAGGAGCCUCUUUACUGGUGACCCCACACACCAUAGCUAUAGGACCGACAGUCACCCUACACACAGAGACAGAGAACAGGUUAGGAGCUCUUUACUGGUGACCCCACACACAUAGCUAUAGGACCGACAGUCACCCUACACACACAGAAACAGAGAACAGGUUAGGAGCCUCUUUACUGGUGACCCCACACACAUAGCUAUAGGACCGACAGUCACCCUACACACACACAGAGACAGAGAACAGGUUAGGAGCCUCUUUACUGGUGACCCCACACACAUAGCUAUAGGACCGACAGUCACCCUACACACACAGAAACAGAGAACAGGUUAGGAGCCUCUUUACUGGUGACCCCACACACAUAGCUAUAGGACUGACAGUCACCCUACACACACAGAAACAGAGAACAGGUUAGGAGCCUCUUUACUGGUGACCCCACACACAUAGCUAUAGGACCGACAGUCACCCUACACACACACACAGAGAGAGAGAAAACACACACUAGAGCUUUGGCUAGGACCACUGUUGUAUGCUAUAGUCGUUCUCUCUUGACCAACACUUCAUUAUUGUGAUGAUUAGUCAAUAAAACGUGAUCUAUUGGGGUCCAUCCUUCCCAUUUAGACUUCAUUAAGAGACUGGGGGAUUUGAGGCCUUUCUGUUAGUCAUUUCCCUAUACUCUCAGCCAAACUCCACAGAGAAUAAUAAGCCCCUCUGUUUAUACCCUCCUGUGGCUCUCCUGCCCCCCUUAACACACACAGACACACAUUUAGUCUUUCUGGGGUAAAUAUAUCCCUCUGUGGCUUUCAGCAGGAAGUGAGGAGGAGACACACACCACUGAAUGGGCGGAGCCAGCUGUGUCACCAUCCCAUUACCCAUGCACUUGUCAACAAACACACAUUGUGUAGCCACAGCCUGGGGCUGAAGGAAAUGAAUGGAUGGAGCAGUAAAUCUCCAAAAUACCCAUUGACUAGUGAGAGCAGCCAAACAGACAUUGCCCCUAACCACAGAUCUAGGAUCAGAUUGCCCCUCCCCAAUCCUAACUAUUAGCAGGGUAGUGGGUUCGAUCCCCGGGACCACCCAUACGUAAAAAAAUAUAUGCACGCAUGACUGUAAGUCGCUUUGGACAAAAGCGUCUGCUAAAUGGCAUAUUAUUAUUAUUAUUAUUAUUAUUAUUAUUAUUAUUAACAAAUAUAUCUGACCCAGUAUCGGCGAUUAGAGGAGAGCACUGGCUGUAGCAGUGCCAUCCUGUUAUAGUGAGAGGGUGAAGGAGUAGCAGGGAGAUGGCUGCCAGGUGAAGGAGUAACAGGGAGAUGGCUGCCGGGUGAAGGAGUAACAGGGAGAUGGCUGCCGGGUGAAGGAGUAACGGGGAGAUGGCUGCCGGGAGAAGGAGUAACGGGGAGAUGGCUGCCGGGAGAAGGAGUAACGGGGAGAUGGCUGCCGGGUGAAGGAGUAACAGGGAGAUGGCUGCCGGGUGAGGGGGUAACGGGGAGAUGGCUGCCGGGUGAAGGGGUAACGGGAGAUGGCUGCCGGGUGAAGGAGUAACGGGGAGAUGGCUGCCGGGUGAGGGGGUAACGGGGAGAUGGCUGCCGGGUGAAGGGGUAACGGGGAGAUGGCUGCCGGGUGAAGGAGUAACGGGGAGGUGGCUGCCGGGUGAGGGAGUAACGGGGAGAUGGCUGCCGGGUGAAGGGGUAACGGGGAGAUGGCUGCCGGGUGAAGGAGUAACGGGGAGAUGGCUGCCGGGUGAAGGAGUAACGGGGAGAUGGCUGCCGGGUGAAGGAGUAAGGAGGGAGGCCGUAGGAGGGCAACAACCCAGCAGCAGGACCGCUACCUCCGCCUUUGUGCAAGGAGGAGCAGGAGGAGCACUGCCAGAGCCCUGCAAAAUGACCUCCAGCAGGCCACAAAUGUGCAUGGGUCUGCUCAAACGGUCAGAAACAGACUCCAUGAGGGUGGUAUGAGGGCCCGACGUCCAUAGGUGGGGGUUGUGCUUACAGCCCAACACCGUGCAGGACGUUUGGCAUUUGCCAGAGAACACCAAGAUUGGCAAAUUCGCCACUGGCGCCCUGUGCUCUUCACAGAUGAAAGCAGGUUCACACUGAGCACAUGUGACAGACGUGACAGAGUCUGGAGAUGCCGUGGAGAACGUUCUGCUGCCUGCAACAUCCUCCAGCAUGACCGGUUUGGCGGUGGGUCAGUCAUGGUGUGGUGGGCAUUUAUUUGGGGAGAUGGAGUAACGGGGAGAUGGCUGCCGGGAGAAGGAGUAACGGGGAGAUGGCUGCCGGGUGAGGGGGUAACGGGGAGAUGGCUGCCGGGUGAAGGAGUAACGGGGAGAUGGCUGCCGGGUGAGGGAGUAACGGGGAGAUGGCUGCCGGGUGAGGGAGUAACGGGGAGAUGGCUGCCGGGUGAAGGAGUAACGGGGAGAUGGCUGCCGGGUGAAGGAGUAACGGGGAGAUGGCUGCCGGGUGAAGGAGUAACGGGGAGGUGGCUGCCGGGUGAAGGAGUAACUGGGAGAUGGCUGCCGGGUGAAGGAGUAACUGGGAGAUGGCUGCCGCGUGAAGGAGUAACUGGGAGAUGGCUGCCGGGUGAAGGAGUAACUGGGAGAUGGCUGCCGGGUGAAGGAGUAACUGGGAGAUGGCUGCCGGGUGAAGGAGUAACAGGGAGAGAUACUGUACACUACACUACUGGCCUACACCAGAGAGGCAAACAGAGACCUGUUUUCACUUCGUCAUUAUGGGGUAUUGUGUGUAGAUUGCUGAGGAUUUGUAUUCAUUUAAUCCAUUUUAGAAUAAGGCUGUAAUGUAACAAAAUGUCAAGGGGUCUGAAUACUUUCCGAAUGCACUGCAUGUAUAUAUAGAUAUAUAUAUAUAUAUUUGUAUUUAUUAUAGAAGUCAAAGGUCACAUAGACAGAGACCAGCCUCGUGGCGAGCAGUGGUUAGUGUGAGUAUACUGUAAGAAGUGUUACCUGGACUCCAACAGUCUUGAUUGGAAGCAGGAAGGCAUUGAGUGAAUGGAGACUGGUGAUCUGCAGGAGUUUCUCCUCCUCCUCGUCUGAUAUACACGACUUCACUCUCUGCAGCAACGUGUGGGGCUGGAGGGACAGUAGGUUAUGUUUAUUAUUAUUAGCUAGUCAAAUCAAAUGUUAUUUGCCACAUGCGCCGAAUACAACAGGUGUAGACCUUACAGUGAAAUGCUUACUUACAAGCCCUUAACCAACAAUGCAGUUUCAAGAAAAUUAAAUGUUAAGUAAAAAAUAAAAAAUAAUUAAAGAGCAUCAGUAAAAUAAAAUAACAGUAGCGAGGCUAUAUACAGGGGGGGGGUACCGGUACAGAGUCAAUGUGCCGUGGCACAGGUUAGUCCAGGCAAUUGAGGUAAUAUGUACAUGUGGGUAGAGUUAAAAUGACCUCACUCUCUGCAGCAACGUGUGGGGCUGGAGGGACAGUAGGUUAUGUUUAUUAUUAGCUAGUCUGACAUAAAGAGUUAGUUAUCAGCAUGUUGGUGCAUUAAGAAGGAAAGUUGGGGUCAAUUACAUCAACAGUCCAUUCUAGAGCUCUGUUAUUAGCACUGUUUUCCCGUCAUAGACUAGUGAUGCUCUGCUCUCUGACCUUUUUGACCAUGGCAGAGAAGUCUGUGAUGAUCUUGAGGAUAUUGUUGGUCUCAGCAAAGUCCUUACAGAUGUAGGGCUCAUCUGCACAUAUCACUCUGAUGGCCAGGCCAGGCCCUACAGGAGAGGAUGGGGUUAACAUUACAGCCAUACUGCAAAACAUUCUGCUAUUCUCCAUGUUGGUUCCAAAUGUUCCAUGACUACAUAUAACAUUCUAUUGUGUGUGUGUGUGUGUACGGUGGGGUACUGACCAGGGAAAGGGUGUCGACAGACGAUGUCCUCUGGCAGUCCCAGUUCUCUGCCAAGUGCCCGUACCUCAUCCUUAUGGAAGUCCUUCAGCGGCUCAAUGACUUUUCCCUGGAGGGAGUGAGAGGAGACAGUUCAGACCAGAGGUGUGGACUCGAGUCACAUGACUUGGACUUGUCUCAAGUCAUGAAAUUUGUGACUCUUGACUUGUUAGAAAAUAAAAUAAUUACUAGCAUAGGCCUACUCAUCUUUUGGUAUGUCAAAAUUGCUUGAAAUUGCUAAUGUACUUAUGAAGCUUGCAUUUGGAAUUUGUUGUCUGCAAAUGUGCAGGUGAAUAAGGGAAUCUGACAACAUUACUGUCGAUGUCCAAUGUUUACUUUACCCUCUGCAUUUCAUACAUGAUACAGCUUGUGUCACACUCAAUGCGGUCCCCACACACCCCACUUAUAGUCCAUUAGUUCCUGGUGGAACACCCACCCAUCUAUAUUGUCAAGAUUCAUUAUUACUUCAUCAAAAUGUGUUGUAGACUAAAUAAUGAAAAGGGCCGUCUGGUAGCCUCAAUAAAUAGACAAAGAUUUGUAGUUAAACAAGUCAUUGCCUGUAUAGAUUUUUUUUACUUGACUUGCUUUUAGACUGCACGACUUGGACUUGACCCGCUCAACAUGGGACUCGACUUGAGACUUGCUUGUGACUGGAAUAAUAGUGACUUGGUCCCACCUCUGGCUCAGACAGCUCUGAUACGCGCUUUCAAGGUUGUGUUUGAAGUUUGUCUCAGUGUGUUUGUGUGUGUACCUCGUCUCUGAGCUUGCGGAUGAGCUCUGUGUCGUUGUGGUGUGUUUUGAUGACCUCUGCCUUGCCGCUGGCGAGGUGAGAAGCACUCUCUAUGAGGUCUGGCCUCAGGGUGCCCUGGGCUAGGAACACCUCUUCCGGCUUCAGGUUCAUCUCCCCUAUCACCUCAUUGGCCACCUACAGACACCAAUCACACACACAAGAAGUUAAUUCAAUAGUCUUGAUUUAUCUAUUUUUUUGAGAAGGACAGACAGAAAGAGACUCGCAGACAGACUCUCAGACAGACAACAGACUAAGAUAAAGUUUAGGACAAGUCAUGAUUCCAUGUGGAAGCUUUUCAAAAAUAAACAGGUUCAUGGGACCAGCGCCGUUGCUAACUAGCAUAGCUGGUCCAUUGUUGCAAAGAGUUAUGGGAUAUUAGAAAUAUCUCGACUUAACCCUUGUCAUCUUCAACUUAGACAACAGACAGGCAAGACAGACAGUACCUUGACGAAGGUGUCUCCGAUAAUCUUCCUCUUCUCCUCAGGGUUGGUGGUCAUGUUGAGGGUCUUGCUGAUGCGUUUCCGUGGCGUCCGGUCCUCGUCGGAGAUGGGCAGGGUCGUCGUGCCAUUAUAGAAGGUGUGUGCUGCGUUCACCACUGGAGAGAGAGAGAGAGAAGUAUAGUUCAGUCAGUGAUAAUGUUUUUAUAUACACAUCCAGGCACAUGUAUGCUACAUGAGUCCAUUCUAGACAGGUGUAGGACACCAGCUUGGCCUGACCUCUCACCUUUUGAGGACUCUCACCUUUUGAGGAUGACGCCCAGCUUGGCUUGACCUCUCACCUUUUGAGGUUGAUGCCCAGCUUGGCCUCUCACCUUUUGAGGACUCUCACCUUUUGAGGAUGACACCCAGCUUGGCUUGACCUCUCACCUUUGAGGUUGAUGCCCAGUUUGGUGAGGGCCUCCUCAACGCUCUGGCUCUCUCUCUUCCUCAUGAAGCCGUUGUCGAUGUGCACCGCGAUCACCUGCUCCUGGUUCAGAGCUUUGUUCAGCAGGGCCGUACACACCGUGGAGUCUACCCCGCCACUCAGCAGAACCUGGGGACAACAUUGGACCAGACACGUCAAGCAACACAACGCCAGGACUAGAAAAACUCUCUCGCUCUCUCACACACACACUUACUUUCUGAGAGCAGAGGGAGUCGAUCACAUCGUUUCAGCAGAGAACACAGUUUAAUUUCACUGUCUAAUUGAGUGUUUAAUAACUCAGAUUGACUUACUACGCCCUCCCCCUCCCAGGGUCUCUAUGUUCUAUACUAUGGGGCACAUGCUGUACACCCACAUACUGCAUCUAACCAUACUAUAGAUAACUCACCAGUACUUUGGACUUGCCAACUUUCUCCUGAAUCUCUGUGAUACAGGACUGCUGGCGGUUCUGGACAGUGAAGUUGGAGGUGCAGCCGGCGAUCUCAAACAGGAAGUUACGUAAUAUCUCUGUGCCCCGCUCUGUCAGGUCCACUUCCGGGUGAAACUGGGUCCCAUACAGCUUCUUCUGCUCGUUGGCAAUACCUGUCAGAGAACACCGGGGGGCAGUGGUGAGGUGUGGGUGGUCAAAGACAAGGGGAAAGAAGGGUUGGGGAUGGAAGAAGGGCAGGGGAUGGAAGAAGGGCAUGGAGGGCCAAUGGGCUUCAUGAUCAUAUUGUGGAAUUGACUGAACGCAGGGAAGUAUGGCGGUAGACUAAAUGAGUCUCAAAUAUAAAUUAUCCUCCAGGCCCAGGAUCCUUUCCCAGAAUGCUUACCUGCAAUGAUGCUCCCUGACUGAGCCACCACCUUGAAGCCAUCGGCCACCUUGUCCACACUGUCGCCAUGAGUCAACAGCACCAGCUCCUCCUUCUUCAGGCCCCUGACAACAUCAAGUCACACACAGGGUCAAAAGGUCAGACAGGAAGUAAAAGCAUCAAAACAAACAAGCAUCAAAAGAACAAAAGCAUCUCCCACUCCAAACGAGGAGAAGCUCCCAGCACGAAUCUGCUCCUGUGGAAACAAGAUAUCGGUCAAGGACACCGGCUCGGUGUGCAUCGCUUGCCUUGGGCUGCAACAUGCCAGGGAAGCAUUAGUCUCCCCCAGCUCCUGUCCACACUGUGCCGAGUCUCCGUCGCAAGCAGGCACGCCAAGCUAGCCUGAGUCAACAGGACCCUAACAUGGGGGAUGGCGUCCCCAAUGGCUCAUCAGAGGCAAUGGAUAUCCCCACGGGGAAUCCUGGAGCGACCAGCUCGACGCCAUUGACCCACUGCUGGAGGAAUCCAGCAACGACCUCGCGGCAUCCCUGCCAGGCUUCCUGACUGGAGACGGCAACAACACCAUGGGGUUUUCCGACAGCCUCCUUUUGAAAUCAUCGGACGGAGACGAAGACUCCUUCAUCCCCUCAGGCCAGGCCACCAAGCCUCCUGCCGGGGAAUCUGAAACCGGAGACGCAGGCCAUCCCCACCAGCUCUCGGUGUGGACCUGCAGUAUGUGUGCAAACGCGCUGUAGAUAAACUGGUGAUUCCCUGGCCCAAUGCAGUAACAGAGACCACCACGUCCCGCUGCGAAGGUAAGAGGCUACCCAAAGCCAAACGGGCGGCAAGGCAAUUACUACCAGUCUUCCCAGAAUGCCCGGAGGAGGUUACCAGUACCUGGAGUACACCUUUAUCCUCCAAGAACCCUGUCCAAAGUGGGUUGGUGUUAGACUGUGUUGACAUGGAAGGGAUUGGGCUUGCCGACAUGCCUACCAUCGAACCCCUGGUGGCUUCCCAUCUACACCCCAGCCAGAAGUCCUCCAUGACCUCGACUGGCCCCACCUUACCAAGUACGAGCGCUUCCAGUCCUCCGCGACAGAGAAGGUCUACAGGUCGGCCGCCACAGCGGUGCCUCCAUGCUCUCGGCAUACCAAGCUGACCUACAGGAGGAGAUAAUGGUCACACUGGAGCCGGGGGUGUUGGACGAGAUCUGCAUUGCCACAGACCUCAACCUGCGUCUGCUUAAAGCCGCCGUCCAGGCAUAAGGAAGAGCGAUGACGGCUCAAGAUAUCUCAGGAGAGGGCGCGAUGGAUCAAUCUAUCCACAGUGUCUGACAGUGAGAAGCUGAAGAUCCUGGAUGAUCUGGGAGAUCCUAAAGGCCUUUUCCACCGUCGAGAUGAUGCAGAAACGGUGCGAGGAGAAGAAGAGGGAGUGUGAAGCCCUCCAGCUCUCACUGCCCAGGAAGACACAGCCCAGUGCCUCGCCGCAAUUUCUCUCAGGCUGCAACAGGUCGACCCCUCAACAUUUAAGAUCCCCAGAUGUCCAGCCCCCCAGGCUGCGAGCCCAGGGCAGCAGAGAACCUUGGACCCUAAAGGCCCCUGGUCUAAGAAUCCCCCCCCCCCCCACACGACACCAAGGAGCCAGCUGGCCCCUAACCCCACCCUGGGGGUAAAGAGGAAGAAGCGAAUGGCCUAGCGGUGUCCCCAUCGCCAAAGAGGCAAGAACGGCCUCCCCCAAGCACCGUUCUAUUUCCUCCACCAAUCCUGAGCCUGUUCCAGUGCGCAAGUUCCCAGGCACCUCAGUGUUCUUUCCGGCGUACCGGUCCCAAGUCAGUGGUCACAGAGUAAAGCCCAAAGAGCAAAAUAGACAAUGGUGAAUGCCCCUACAAAACACUCCCCAAUGUCAGUUCACAUUAAAAAUGUUACCACUAGCGCAACCAGGCUACAGGCCAAGGGCGCAGUCAGACGUUGUUUCUCACAAGAUCAAAACAAACAGGGUGCCUCCCUAUAACGCCAUCAGAGGGAGCCACAUAAGCACUUUCCCGGUACGGGCCAGCCGAGCAUGUGCAGUGCGUUGCGGAUUGUUGUACACCCUCUCCCCGACAGUGGGGUGAAGCCCCGGCAGCCCUCUCUCGGAGCGGAGAGAGAAAACUGCCGGGCAUGCAAAGUGUCAAACUGGGUACAGGUCACGAUAGACGGGAUACAGACUACAAUUCGCUGUCACCCUGCCUCGAUCCAAAGGCUCAGGGGGAAUCAGCGUGUGUCUUCCGGGAGGAAAUAAGAAUUGUUCCUCCUGAGCAAAGCCACUGCGGUUUUUACUGCGGUAAUAGCCUGAUCCUAGAUCUAUGUGCUUUGAACAGGCACAUGAGAAAGAGUACACGUUCAGAAUGUUGACGCACUGCUCUGCUAUGUUCUGUGCGCCCAGGCGAUUGGUACGUAUCCGUUGACCUGAAGGACGCUUACAUUCACAUCUCAAUUUACCCUCCUCACAGGACAUUUCUCAGAUUCCCUUUUCAAGGCGUAAUUCUAUGUAUUUCUGGUCCUCCCUGUCGGCCUCUCACUGUCACCUCAGGUUUUUACAAAGUGUCCCGAGGCAGCCAUAGCCCCACUUAGAGAGAGGGGCAUUAGGCUGUUGACGUACAUAGACGAUUGGCUGCUAUGCGCUUAAUCGAGACAGGAUGUCUUAGAACACAGUCAACUGCUUUUGGAACACCUGACAUUUCUAGGUUUAAAAAUAAACACAGUAAAGAGCGUUCUGAUUCCCACACAGACAAUCUCUUUCCUAGGUCUAACCCUAGAUUUGGUAUCAUUCAAAGCUCGCCUCACAGUGGAACGUAGAACAUUCCAGAAUUGCCUAGCACUGUUUUCGCAGAGGGAACCUGGUGUCUUUCAAAACGUGCCUAGACUGCUAGGUUUGAUGGCAUCGGCUUUAGUAGUAAUCCCAUUAGGACGCUUGAAUGUGAGAGGGUGUCAACGCUGGGUCUCUUCUCUAGGUCUGAGCCCAAUACGUCACAAACAUCACUGUGUACAGAUCUCCAUAGAUUGCACGGCAGCACUACACUCCUGGAGACACCCGACGUUUCGGUCACAGGUUCUCCAGAUAUGCAUUGUUUUAGGCAGAAAAGUAGUCAGGACGGACACAACUCUUGUCAGGUUGGGGGUGUGCGACCCACGAGGGCAGAACGGUGAACAGGGUGUGGGGACCCCAUCUCCAUUCUACUCACAUAAACAGCCUGGAACUCCUUGCGGUGUCCCUAGCAUUAAAAAGUAGUUCCUCCCAUUUCUAGAGGGUCAUCAUAUUCUAGUCAGAACUUUUGUGGCUUACAUAAAAACAGACAAUUAUAUAGAUAGGCACGCUUUAUCUUGUCUGGUUUAGCAUCCCAGAUAAAGCUAAAUAUUUUUCUUCUCCUAUGAUUUGAUCAAAUCAGGAGUAGGCAGCGCCAUAAGUGAGUAAACUGAGAUAUGACUAAGGAGUUAAUCAGUGCAAUUUUUCCAUAAAUACAGGUAUUUACCUCUCCAUGGUUGCAGGAUCUUGUCUAUUUUUUACUAGUUUUCUAUUGAAAUUCAUUGUGGAGAGCUCAUUUAUAUAUUUUGUGAUAUGAAUACCAAGUAUGUCUACUUCACCAUCAGCCCAUUUUAUAGGUAAACUGCAGGGUAAUGGAAUAUUGUCCACUUAUCAUAAUUAGGUUUUAGUCCAGAGAGUCCAGAAAAGUUAUCUAGAUGUUCAAUGAAACAUUGCAGGGAUCUAGCUUGCGGACAUAAUAUAAAACUUGAGUCAUCGGCAUACAUGGACACAUUUGUUUUUAAGCCUUGGAUUUCAGGCCCCGUGUAGCUCAGUUGGUAGAGCAUGGCGUUUGCAACGCCAGGGUUGUGGGUUCGAUUCCCACGGGGGGGGGGGCCAGUAUGAAAAUGUAUGCACUCACUAACUGUAAGUCGCUCUGGAUAAGAGCGUCUGAUAAAUGACUAAAUUGUUUUUUUUUAAAUGUUAUUUGAUCUGAUUUUAAUAGCUAGCAUUUCGAUGGCCAUAACGAAUAGAUAUAGUGACAGCGGACACCCAUAUUUGAUGUGUCUUCCCCUUGAGCUGGUAGCUUUUAUCCCCCACUGUUUUCCUCUCCGGAACAUCUGUGGUUGCAUUCAUUGUGCCCACUAUGUGCUCUGCGCAUUUACAUGGGACAGGAUUAAGUGGUUUAGAAAAUGUGAUCAGUUGUUCAUUUCCUGGGCAAAACUUUACACGGGUAAAGCGCUCACUAAACACAACUCUCCCACUGGAUAGUGGGGGCUAUUGCUUUGCCCUACACAAGUAUGGGUCUUCAGUCUCCUGCUGGCCUAUGGCUCAUUCCACUAGAGGAAUGGCUAUGUCCUGGGCUUUAUUUAAGGGCAUAUCUAUCCAAGAUAUUUGCUCAGCAGAGAGUUGGGCUUCGCCUCAUACAUCUGUGAAGUUUUAUAGGCUUGAUGUCUCUGCACUGACCCAGGCGCAUACUGUUUUACCUUUAGGCCCAUUUGUGCGAUAUAUCGCACAGGGCAGUCGGUCGUCAGGAUAAGCUUGUCUGGCAAUACGAGAGUCGGUAUAUCCCAUAAGUGAAAUACCGAAACUAACACUUGAAAGAGAACGGCAGUAUGUGACUGUUGGAAUUUUGAUCCAGAUUGCGUCACACGCAUGGCUCUGGGACAAACCAAUCAAAAACACUUGUUUUGGCUCUUCGAUCCCUUCACCUCUUCUCUCUGAGUGGUUAUGGUGAAACUGUCUGAAGAAUCAUUAGUUCUUCCAACCCACCUGAAGAGAGAGCAGGUGUUGUCCAGUCCGAUGUUGAACACGCCAUCCUCCCUCACACUCUUCCUGUGUACUGUGCCUCCAAAAACUUUAUUCAUCAUCUGUGGACAGGACAAUUGAUCAUUAGCCUCGUAAAUCUGCAUUUUGUAUCGAUUGAAAGAUCUCCUUUCAUUUGUAUGUGAUGUGUACAUAAAGGGAUUAUUAGUGGGUUGUAUCCAAUUGAUCCGUCUAGACACACUGUUAUUGAACUCUAGGUGGUGAUGUCAUGAACCCUGAGUUUUAUGCUAAGAUCUUCUGGAGGAAGGUUUCAUGUAUGUGCAUUUCUCAGGGCCCUCCUACCUGCAUUCCAUAGCAGAUACCAAGGACAGGCUUUCCAAUGGUGAAUAUGGCAGGGUCAAACCAAGGGGCAUCCUCAGCAUACACAGAGUUAGGACCACCAGAGAUGAUGAUCGCUCUGGAGAGAGAAUGGGGGAUGAA